CAAGUUUCGCAAUCAAAGCCAGCCAGUGCAGGGAGAGAGGAGCAGCAGAAAAAGGCAGUGUGGGGAAGAGGAGGAAGCAGGGAGAAAGGGGCAGCUGUCAGGGCAAGAAAGUGAGAGAGAGGAGAAGAGGAAAGGCAAAAGGAGGCAGUGACAGUCUUGGGUAAAAAGAGGAAGGAGUAUACAGGCUACAAAAUGGCAUUGCUCCUGUGGCUGGGGUCCCAGCUGUCAUCCAUCUGGAGCAACAUCUCUAUACUGGGAGUUUUUCUUACAGUGUUUGCUUUACUGCUGGACUUCCUGAAGCGCAGAAAGAAGUGGAGCCGUUACCCACCAGGCCCAGCCUCGCUGCCAUUCAUUGGGACCAUGUUCUCCAUUGACUUCCACAACCCCCACCACUCCUUUGGCCAGCUCCAGAAGAAGUUUGGAAACAUCUUCAGUCUCCAGAACUGCUGGACCAACCUAGUAGUGCUGAAUGGGUAUAAAACAGUGAAGGAAGCCCUGGUCCACAAAUCGGAGGACUUUGCUGACCGGCCGCACUUUGCAAUAUACGAGCACAUGGGCUAUGGAAAGAAUUCUGAAGGGAUUGUUGUAGCAAGAUACGGGCACGUCUGGAAGGAGAUAAGGAGAUUCGCGCUCUCUACGCUGAGGGACUUUGGGAUGGGAAAGAAAUCCCUGGAGGAGCGAGUGGUAGAAGAAGCUGGAUUUCUUUGUUCUGAAAUCAAGUCUAAAGAAGGUAAAUCUUUUGAUAUACAUGUUCUCAUAAAUAAUGCUGUCUGCAACAUGAUCUGCAACAUUGUCUUUGGAGACCGUUUUGACUAUGGUGAUAAGACAUUCAAGAAGCUGUCACAGUUAUUUCAAAAUUCCUUGAAUGAAGAAACUGGAUUCCUGCCUCAGCUUCUUAACGUGGUGCCCAUUUUGGUGCACAUCCCUGGAGUGCCACAGAAAAUCUUUCGAGCACAAAAGGAAUUAAUGGACUUCAUAGAUGUGGUCUUAGAUAAGCAUAUGAAGACCUGGGACCCUGCUUACACCCGAGAUAUCACGGAUGUGUUUUUACAGGAAAUGGAGAAGGGUAAGGCAGCUGAAGAGAAUGGUUUCCACUAUAACAACCUUCGUAUGGUGACCAUGGACUUGUUUACAGCUGGUUCUGAGACCACCUCCACCACUCUCCGGUGGGCAUUGCUGUAUAUGCUUCUCCACCCAGAAAUACAGAGUAAGGUCCAGGCAGAGAUUGAUGGAGUGAUUGGCAGAGAGAGACCCCCCACCAUGAAGGACCAAGCUAGCAUGCCUUACACUAAUGCUGUGAUCCAUGAAGUGCAACGCUACGGGGACAUUGUUCCUGUUGGGGUACCUCACAUGACGUACCGGGACACUGAGUUGCAAGGCUUCUUCAUUCCCAAGGGGACGACAGUCAUCACCAACUUGUCUUCCGUGCUGAAGGAUGAGACAAUGUGGGAGAAACCAAACGAGUUUUACCCCGAACAUUUCCUGGAUGCAAAGGGGCAGUUUGUGAAACCAGAGGCCUUCCUGCCCUUCUCAGCAGGUCGCCGUGCCUGUCCGGGAGAACAGCUGGCCAGGAUGGAGCUCUUUCUCUUCUUUACCACUCUCCUGCAGAAAUUCACUUUCGUGCUCGCCGAGGGCCAGCCCAGGCCACGGGUGGACGGUCACUUUGCACUCACUAGAUCUCCACACCCAUACCUCUUGCAAGCUCUCCCAAGAUAGGUGCACACCACUCUCCUUUCACUCACAGACCACCACCCCGCCAAACCCUGUCAGGAACAUUGCAGGUCUAAGCAGGAUCGUGCCAGGUUCAAUCUCAAGUCUUUACAUCUGUGUAAAGUAAGGAUCUAGGCCAAUAUCUUGUGGAGCUUAAUUCUAGUUGUGGUUCUUGAAUCAAACAAGAGAGCUUCAGCUUCAACAACAAGGUGACAUUAAAAUGUAGUUUCAGAGUAGUGCUUCUGGAAAAUCUUACUGUCCAAGACAUACAUGUCCCCUUCAUCCCUUCCUGUUUAUUACACACUUCUGUAUGUUGAACAAAUAUUGCAUUGUCUUAAUUUAUAGCCUCAAAGAAAGUAAGUUUUAAUCCUGACAACCCUUAUGUCACACUAUGCCUCCAGUAGGAGUAAAUACCAAGGAGUACAUAAAUAAUCCAUGUGGUGUUUCAGCCACAGAAGAAGGUCAUUUGUGAAAUACAGAAAUUUCGAUAAAUAAAUUUAAAGAGAAAUCCUGGUGUUUAGAUUUACUAUCUCUUCUAAUUAAAACUUUGUUGUUGUUGUUUUGUUUUGUUUUGUUUUUUUUUUUUUGCAUUAAAUAACAUCAGCUCUUGGGCAGGUUUGGAACUCACAAAGGGAUGGAAUUAUACUGUUUGAAACUGUAUGGCCAUAGAUUUUAGAGCUACAUUUCCCUUCUUCCUGCAAUAUUCCUGACAAAUUGUUUUGCAAGAUGCAAAGAUAUGUUGAUGUUUAAAUUAGCAGUAGUUCCUUUACCACAUCUAAAGAGACAGUAGCACGAAGGAGCUCCUAUGUAUAACCACCAGUAAAAAAAAAUAAAAUAUCUGAAAUUGAGUGCACAUGUGCAGUAUUAAUUUUGUGUAAUAGUACUUUUGGAAGCUAUGAAAGCGAAUGAACUAUGCAAAUACUUAUUAACAUAAUUAAGAUUUGAACUUGAUCAGGAACUACACAUUUGCACAUUUAUGCUUUUCAUCUACAACAUAACUUGAAAGAAUAAAAGUGAUGUGAAAUCUU